AUGAGGCCCGUGGAGCCCACCCCGGCUCAGUGCUGUGGCAGUGGCUGUUCCCCUUGUGUCUAUGAUAUCUACCAAGCUCAGCUGGAAUUGUGGGAGAAAGCCAAAGACAGGGGAGACCCCCAACUCCUCAGGAGAGCCAAAGACAGGGGAGACCCCCAACUCCUCAGUGUGCUGCUGAGCGCAGAGGAUUUCAGAGACUUCAGAAUUUUCUCGAUGGAACAAGAAACAGAGGACACCAACCGGUACCGAUUUCAGCUGCCUACUGGAGGCAGUUUGGGAUUGAAUUUGGGACAACACCUUGUACUAAGAGGGAGAGUGAAUGGUUUGGAUAUACAAAGAGCGUAUACACCUGUCAGCUCCAUAGAUGCAAAAGGCUACUUUGAUGUUUUAAUCAAGGUCUAUGAACAUGGUCUGAUGUCAGAGUACAUAAAAUGCUGGAGAGAAGGAGACUCUGUAUCAUGGAGGGGACCAUUUGGAGGCUUUCCAUACAAACCCAACAAGUUUGGCGAGCUGCUUAUGCUGUGCUCAGGAACCGGGCUGGCCCCAAUGAUACCAAUCCUGACUGCUGUGACCGACAAUGAAGACGAUGAGACCUUCAUCACUUUAGUUACUUGUUUCAGAACUUUUAAAAACAUCUACAUGAAGAAUUUUCUGCAGGAACAAGCUCGAUUCUGGAAUGUCAGACUGUUUUAUGUCUUUAGUCAGGAACAAUCGUUAGAAAACCUACCCAUGAGCUACAUGAAGAACUCCAAGAUUGGAAGGAUCAACUCCACCUUUUUGGAGAUAGUGUUGGGGACAUGCAGAAGAAAAAAACACCUACACACUCAUCUGUGGCUCAGUCUCAUUUACUGAGGACAUGAUAAGCAUGGUAAAUGAGCUGGGGGUGCAACAAGGACUCUGUCUUUUCUUUUUAA